AGAUCUAACUUUAGUCACCUUGGGUUUCCUUUUUCAGAUCUGACACAACUGUAGGAUUCGUUUGCAGGAAAGAUGACCAAAAGGACAAGACAUGCAGUGAUUACCGUGUUUGUUUCUGCUGCCCCUCAUCAUUCUGUGAGCUGCCAUGCUGGACUCAGUGGUUUGACAGAGAUGACCCCACUGCAACGGGGGACUGGGAGACCCUCACAGACCUGAGAAAAGAAAAUCCGGGAAACAUUUGCAAGAACCCAUUGGAAAUCCAAGUGGAAACUACAUCUGGAAAGAGUGUAGCUUCAACUGGGGAUGUCAUUUUUUGUAUCCGACACAACUGUCGGAUUCGUUUGCAGGAAAGAUGACCAAAAGGACAAGACGUGCAGCGAUUACCGCGUUCGUUUCCGCUGCCCCUCGUCAUUCUGUGUGUGUUGGUCCAACUGGUUUGAUCGGGACGAUCCUUCUGGAACAGGGGACUGGGAGGAUUUGACCAACCUGAAGAAAGAAAACAACGGAAAGAUUUGCGACACUCCUGUACAGAUAGAGGCUGUUACCACAGAUACCUCAACUCCAGCCACCCUCACAGGGCAAACCUUUGAAAAGUACAGUCCGACUGAGGGGUUAGUCUGCCUCAAUAAAGCCCAGAAAAAUUCCAUCUGCAGAGACUACAAAGUUCGUUUUGGAUGUCCCUGCCCUGGUACCACCAUCAUUUAAGCCGGACUCCACCAAAACACUUUGACUUAAGUAGAUUUUGUCUACUUCCUCAUUAUGUUAAUCAAAUCCUAA